GACUGCGCCCCGCGCCACGUGACCGCCGCUCCUCCGCGCGGGGGGCCGGGUGGGGUCCCAGCUGCCCGGCCAGAAGCCGGCCUAGCGCUUCCCGGAGCCAGCGCCUGUAGGGGCGCCGCGUGGCGUCGUGCUCCUCGGGGGCUCCAGGAGUGUCGGGCGAAGUCGGGGAACCCUGGCGCUCCGGGAACCUGGAUGGCGGGGUCGGGGACGCCGCCUCUGGCCGGAGCCGCCGGCAGGCGCUGGAGGGAACAGAAGGAACCUGUGUGGCCGGAGGGGCGGGUCCGCUCCCGGGUAUGGAGAGAGCCCUGCCUGUCCGGCGCCUGCACCCCUAGGCGAGAGAGAGGCUCUUUGUCCGCGCCGGGUUGCCGCUGAAGGGGCGGGGAGGAGACUCCGGGCCCUUCUCCAGUGUCGUCCCCUCUGGAGGGCCGAGAGGAUAAGGAGCUGCACCCUGAUUCUUACGUCCUCGGUCCCUGCAGGUGGUGGGCAGUGGUGGUACUGGCUGCGCUCCCCUCCCUGGGGGCAGGUGGGGAGAACCCCGAAGCCCCUCCGGAGUCGUGGACCCAGCUAUGGUUCUUCCGCUUUUUGGUGAAUGCUGCUGGUUAUGCGAGCUUUAUGGUACCUGGCUACCUGCUGGUGCAGUACUUCAGGCGGAAGAACUACCUGGAGACAGGUGUCUUACCUGACCUGGGGAGUGCUGCAGGAGAGAGUGAUGACCCGCAGCUAUGGGGCCACAGCCACCUCGCCAGGUGAGCGCUUCUCGGAUUCACAGUUCCUGGUGCUAAUGAACCGAGUCCUGGCACUGAUCGUGGCUGGCCUCUACUGCAUCUUAUGCAAGCAGCCCCGGCACGGGGCACCCAUGUACCGGUACUCCUUUGCCAGCCUAUCAAAUGUGCUUAGCAGCUGGUGCCAGUAUGAAGCUCUCAAGUUUGUCAGCUUCCCCACCCAGGUGCUGGCCAAGGCCUCCAAGGUAAUCCCUGUUAUGCUGAUGGGAAAGUUGGUGUCCCGGCGCAGCUAUGAACACUGGGAAUAUCUGACAGCCGGCCUCAUCUCCAUCGGGGUCAGCAUGUUUCUGCUGUCCAGCGGACCAGAGCCCCACAGCUCCCCGGCCACCACGCUCUCAGGCCUCAUCCUGUUGUCAGGCUACAUCGCCUUUGACAGCUUCACCUCCAACUGGCAGGAUGCCCUGUUUGCCUACAAGAUGUCAUCAGUGCAGAUGAUGUUUGGGGUCAACUUAUUUUCCUGCCUCUUCACAGUGGGCUCCCUUCUAGAGCAGGGGGCCCUCCUGGAGGGGAUCCGCUUCAUGGGACGAUAUGGUGAAUUUGCCGCACACACCCUGCUGCUCUCUAUCUGUUCUGCGUGCGGCCAGCUCUUCAUCUUCUACACUAUUGGGCAGUUUGGGGCUGCUGUCUUCACCAUCAUCAUGACCCUCCGCCAGGCCUUUGCCAUCCUCCUUUCCUGCCUCCUUUACGGCCACACUGUCACUGUGGUGGGAGGGCUUGGGGUGGCUGUGGUCUUUGCUGCCCUCCUGCUCCGAGUCUAUGCCCGGGGCCGUCUAAAGCAGCGGGGAAAGAAGGCAGUGCCAGUCGAGUCGUCUGUGCAGAAGGUUUGAGGGGCCUGAGGGAUGAAGUGACUAGGACCCUCUCAAGGUACCAGUAAAUUUCUGAGGUGGCCGGCUCAAGGGUAAAAAAGUGCAGGUUUUUUCCUUCAGUAUUGCAAACCAGUUCUGCAUUUGGGGGCAGGGAGGCCAGAAGGCAGCCUUCCCCUCUGCCUUGUCACCCACCCUCUAGGAAGCAGGAGUCCUAAGGUAGAGAUGCAGGUGGGGUGUGUCAAGACACCUUCCAAAGCUCCUCGCUCCUCAAGGUCCCUGUAGUCUUGCCUGUUGGCUCUGCCAGCGCUUCACCUGUGUGUGAGCCCUACCUUAAAUACCCAUCCUUCCAGACUCUGACAGACCUGCGUUUCUUCCUCUGGUGAGAAGCACAAAUGGUGUAGGCUCCAAAUGCUGCUUUCCCAGGAGAGUGAGAGCUGGUGCUGUGCUGGGGGAGGGGGUGGGGAGUACCCAGCAAUCCCACCCCUAUCGCUCCUGGAUCCCUAGGCUCUGCUCCGUGAGCCAGUGCAGGUUUUGGUACUUUGGAAAUGUAACUUUUUGCUCUUAUAAUUUUAUUUUAUUAAACUACUGCAACAGGC